GUGUGUCGGUUUAGCAGAGAUCUGGUGACAUACAGUUACAUGAACACAUUUUAUCUUUAUAUUUUAUGUUUGUGGCGUAUCAGACUGCUGGAGGUUCAUGUGAGGAUAUUUCUGGACCCCUUGGCACUUCCUGGCAGCCCCCUAGGGAUCUAUGACACCUAUAAAAGGUCUGGUCAUCACUACCACACAGUUAUUGUGAAUCCACUCCCAAAUCAAUUCAACAAUAAAUGCUCUGAAUAUUCCUGUCAUCUAUGAAGAAGAGUUUCCAGAAGAGCAGGACAAACUUCAAGUGUGUCAACAAUUUCUGACGUACUACUGCAAAGAUGGAUUUUAUUAAAGAGGAGAGAGAGGACAUGGGUUAUCCAGAACCACACAGAGUGAAAGAUGAAGAAACUGAGGAACAAAUAGGCCUGAUGGAAGUGAAGGUGGAAAGUCAAGAACUGAAUGAAUUGGAGGAGAAACAUUGGUAUCAGGAACCUCAAACAUCCAUAACAUUUUGUUGCUCACAGACUGAAAAUAAUUCCUCACAACAAACAACUCGAAGGACAGGAGCCACAAAUUCUCUCACAUGUCCUCAGUGUGGAAAGAGUUUUGGACAAAAAGGACACCUUACCAGUCAUGUGAGAAUUCACACUGGAGAGAAACCUUUCACAUGUCCUCAGUGUGAAAAGAGUUUCUCACAGAAAGAAAACCUUAAAAGGCACAUAAGAGUUCACACCAGAGAGAAUCCUUUCACAUGUCCUCAGUGUGAAAAGAGUUUCUCACAGAAAGAAAACCUUAAAAGGCACAUAAGAGUUCACUCUGAAGAGAAUACUUUCACAUGUCCUCAGUGUGGAAAGAGUUUCAGACAAAUAAAAAGCCUUAAUGCCCACAUGAGUGUUCACACUGGAGAGAGGCCUUUCACAUGCCAUCACUGUGGAGAGACAUUCAAAUAUUUAAAUAAUCUUCAAUGUCAUCUUUCCUUUCUGCACACUGGAGAAAAGUCAUUUAACUGUGAUCAGUGCGCUGAAAGUUUUAUCUUGGAAUCAGACUUGAGCAUUCAUAAGGACCCCCAUUUGUGCUCUUAUUGUGGAGAGAAUUUUUCAUGCACAUACCGUUUUAACGUGCACCAGAAAAUUCAUACUAGUGGGAAAACUCAUGUGUGCCUUGAGUGUGGUGAUUCCUUUGCAGGAGCCGGCAACUUGAAGUUGCACCAGAGAGUCCAUAUUAAAGAAAAAUUUAACAACUGUUCAUAAUAUUUUAUAGAGUUACACUCAGUCAGGAGUAUUCUCUCCAGCCUUCAGUAGAGUUUCACCACAUCAAGUACCCAAUCAACUCAACUACCCAAUCAAAUCAACUACCAAGCAUGGUAGAAAAAUGUCAUAGUAAUCUGUUUUUCAGGUUCAUUUUCAGGUCCAAUGCUUUAAACUGUGUGAAUUUCAGGUAAACCCAAAGAUAAAUAAAGUUUUUAAGUUUUUAAGAAUGCAUAUUUUUUAUGAUGGGUAGUAGUAGUAACUAUGGUAGCUCAAAGAGGCCUUGCGUUAUUUGUAUUUUUCUGUCUCGUGAUCUCGACAUAACUGAGGUUGUUUUCUCGUGAUCAUGACUUAAUUUUUUUUCGAGAUCUCGACGUCUCUCUGUCAUUGACAACAUCCAGAUUAGUGUCAGACACCUUAGAAGAAGACUAUCACGUCUACAACUUUGUCGUAGAAAAUACAGUGACCCUGAGUGUAACCCUGAACUUUUGGUCAAUUUCAUUGCCAGCCAACUUGAGGGACCGGGACAUCUGCAUGACUGCGGUGAAGCCAGCCGCGAUUUAGAUCCAAGUGCGCGCAUAUUGCAGUUAUAAAUGUACUUUGCGGAAAGCACAGAAAGACGAGCUCCUUGACUCCUGUUGAGUGCAGAAGAAAGCGAGUCUUACUCUAUUGAUGAAAAAGCGUUUAUUAAGUGUUUGUGACGUGCUGCCUGGUGUUUAUUAAUAUGUUUGAUUUAGCCUAUGUGAAAGGUGACUGGUUAGAAUACUCUUGGAUAGGGCAGGUGAAUAUUUUAUAACCAAAGUGUAAUGAAUUAACAUAACUUUACAUUUACAUAUAAUAAAUUGUACUUUUCUGCCAAUGAUCUCUCAUUGUCCUUUAUACCUUGUAAUAAACUUUUAAUUGUAAAUCCUGUAGGUCAAUUAAAAACUGUAUAGAAAAUUAAAGGCAAAAACAACUUUUUGUUAUGUCGAGAUCAAGAGAAAACGAGACAGAAAAAUAAUAAUAACGUAAGGCCUCUUUGAGCUUCCGUAAGUAACAGAAAUAUACAUAUAGAAAUGUCUAUUAUUGUAAUGUCUCCUUUCAUUUGAACUUUUGUUACAUUUUGUUCACUUUUAAAAGGUGCUGAUGCAUUGAGAAUUUGAGAAUGGAACAAACUUUCUUGAAUUGAAAUCAAGAUUAUAGAGGCUUAACCAAUUACUAUGUGGAUGACAUUUUUUUCAAGGAAAUACAUUUUGGUUAUUCCAGUAUUCCAAUUACAUUUAUGCUUUGUAAAAACAAGUUUUACUUGGGCAUGUAUUUUAUUAUAUCUAAGAUUGUAUCACAGAAAACCUGGAAUUAUCAGGGAAUUUCAAAAUUUUGAUUUCCAUGACUAGUCUGGAACAGUCAUGGAAGUGCAAUAAAUUGUUAAAAGUCAUGAAAAUGUUCAUAAUGAAUGUAAAAUGCUGUGCACAGGCGCUAUGAGGGUGCAUCAUUCUUACUGGGUUCAGAUGCUUCAAAGUGAAAUUCAAGGACUUUCACGCUAUUUUUAAGCACAUUUCUAUUUGUUUUUUCAAGGACUAUGCCAAAGUUUUUAUUUGUUCACUUUAGAUAAAAUAAAAAUGAUUCAUUCAAUUUAUUUAUUUUAA